AUGACUGUUCAAGCUCUGCGACAAAAUUCGCCACCCCUGUUUCACCACAUCCGCGUUGUCCGCUUCCCAUCGCCACAACAUCACGAGCAACAAGACACAGGCACAAUGGCGACCGCAAUCACCAUGUCAAGAGUCGAGGGCGACAACGAAGCACGCGGCUCAGACUCGACCGUAACUCGUAUCACAUACUCCAGUCCUCCUCCACGAAGCAGUAUCGAGGCACUCAACAAUGACGCACGAUAUCGGAGACUUCUCUAUGGACGAGGAACCACCAGCGUCCUGCAUUCUACCACCUACCCAACAGGCGCUCGUAUCAUGACUGAGCGCGCAGCCAACAGCAUGAAGGAAUCGCCUGUCCAUCUGGAGCCUCGCUUUACUCCUCCGGAUUGUGCCGAUGCGCAGGACCUUGCAAGCGGGAAAGCCGACAUCCUCAACGCUCAGCUCAAACUAGCGCAGCAGCCACGCCGGGAUAGCGGCGUUUCGGCAGAGCUGGAAGUUGCACUCGAACCGCUCGUCACCGAGAAGAAGGUCGCUGGUAACAUUAAGCGCAGCCGACCGUCAGAGAGUGUGAAAGCAACCAAAGCUGUGCCGGCGGAGAAGCGGCGGAAGAAGUCCAAAGCAGCUUCCCCAACCUCGAAACUUCCGAAAGCGCACGGAGCUGCGAAGCCUGCUCGGAGGGACUCUCAAAAACGCCCUGCCAAUGCUGGCGCAACAGGCGUGCCAGAUCUGGGUCAUGCUGUGGAGAGCAACUUGACUACUCCUCUCUCUUCGGCCGAUAAGCUCCCCGCCAGCGAUGCCUCAGCCAGUCCUUCAAGCUCGACCAUUGCCAAAGAGAGCGCUCCCAUGUCUUCGAUUCUGCCUACCACCGAAUCUCACACUCACGAGGAGGCUUCCGUUCACCCCACCCGCGUGCCAAGGAAGCUGCGCAACAAGUCGGGCGGAGAUGAUCUCGCCAUCAAUGGGAAUUUCGAUGGAAUGGGAGUCGAGACCGUCGGGAGAAUGAGAGAGUUUCGGAAAGGAAAGUUGUGGUAUCGCUUGGAGGUGGAGUCAACGCCGGAGUGGGCUGAGGAAGAGAGGCCCGUGGUGGAACCCGCUCCCGCGAGGGGCGCGAGGAGGUCGACGGCUAGGGCGAUGAGCUUGAAGGAUUUGGUGGAGGAAGAAGAUGAAGUCCCCGUCCCUAGAUCCGGGCUGGAGCCUUCGGGAGGAUUCGGCCAGCCGGGUACUGUCUCCAACAUGCUCGAUCUGCUCUCGAACAAGAAGGGAAUCAACGCCUCUACCACCGGCACUGCGCGGAAAAAGUCACGUUUCAACAAGCGCACGUCAAGGCCACUCGAUGCCGAUGAGGACGAAUUCACCCGCGAGCGUCGCGGCAAGAGCCCGUAG